AUGCCUGAGACAACUGUUGCUCAGUCUCUUGUCCCUCAAACGCAACACACUCAAUAUGAAGCAUCUCAGAGCACUGCUCUUCCGAUAUAUCAUCGAGGCGCACUGUUUGAUAGAGAACCUUAUUGGCAAAAGAUAGCUCGUUGGAGUGAUGUUUCGGAGAAAGAAUUCCUGUCAUACAGAUGGCAGAUAUCCCGAAAUAUCCAGGGACCGAGAAACCUUUCUGUGUUUCUGAACGAGGUUCUGCCUGAAAAUAUUCCAGCCAACAAGCAUUAUCAGCACAUUCGCACUAAGGGGGCGUUCAUCGAAGACGUUAUGCAGGGUAUCAAGGAGGCUCCAAUGUCAAUUCGCUUGACGCCACAUAUUCUGAGCGUUAUUGACUGGAGUAACCCACUGAAUGAUCCAUUGCGGCGCCAAUUCAUACCCAUGAAGUCUACUUACAUGCCAGACCAUCCCAAGCUAGGCUUGGAUUCUUUGCAUGAGGCAGCAGACUCGCCGGUUACUGGAUUAGUUCAUCGAUAUCCAGACAAGGUUUUGUUCCUUGCGACCUCUGUCUGUGGGCUUUACUGCCGCUUCUGCACUCGAUCAUACGCUGUAGGCGGGAACACCGACACAGUCACCAAGUCUUCCUACAAACCAAUCAAAGCCAGAUGGGACCAGGCCCUGCAGUACAUCAGCGACAAUGAAGUCAUCCAAGAUGUAGUCGUAUCUGGAGGCGAUUCGUACUACCUUCAGCCGGAUCAACUUCGCUACAUCGGAGACCGUUUGUUGGCUAUACCCCACAUCAGACGCUUCCGCCUUGCGACCAAGGGACUCUGCGUAACACCAUCACGCACACUUGAUCCCGAAGAUGCUUGGACUGAUGAACUUGUACGCCUCUCGAACCGCGGUCGUGCACUAGGCAAGCAAGUCGCCCUACACACGCAUUUCAACCAUCCCCAGGAGAUCACCUGGGUGACACGGGAGGCAGCCCAGAAGCUGUUUCAGAACGGCGUGGUCGUACGGAACCAGAGCGUCUUAUUACGAGGCGUCAACGACAACGUCCAGACCAUGAGCGCCCUGAUCCGCGAACUUGCAGACAGCAACAUCCAACCCUACUACGUCUACCAAUGCGACAUGGUCCAAGGCAUCGAAGAUCUGCGCACCCCUCUCCAGACCAUCCUCGAUCUAGAAUGCCAGAUCCGCGGCUCCAUCGCAGGCUUUCUGAUGCCCUCCUUCGUCGUCGAUCUCCCCGGCGGCGGAGGCAAACGUCUUGCAGCUUCCUAUCAGAGCUAUGAUCGCAAAACCGGAGUCUCGAAAUUCGUAGCCCCGGCUGUGAAAGGCACUGUCAAGGGACGCGACAAGGAGAAUUUGGUUUAUGAAUAUUAUGACCCUCUUGCCUUUUGUGGGCUAUAGGGUUUGGAUGUGAGGAAGGCUUCUUCUCUGGUGCGACAAGUGUGCUCUGCUCUGCUUUUCUGGGUCUGGAUUUCUCGGGUGCGUUUUGGCGGUGUAUAUGCGUGUGAGUUAACGAUAGGAGGGACCCCC